UUAGCCACCCAUAUCGUCGCGUACGGGAAGAUUUGACGUCUCUGUUUUUCUUCUUUCUUCGUCUUUUCCACCGUUAUUCUCUCCAGGUUUUCAUUGACUCACUGCCGGGAUGUCGCCGGCGCCGGAGAACGUACCUCUCCUGCCGGCGAAGAAGCCGGCUUCGAAGACUGCGUCGGUCUCCGGCGCUGUGUUCAACGUCUCCACCAGCAUAAUCGGCGCUGGAAUCAUGUCGAUUCCCUUCGCUCUUAAGGUCCUCGGCGUAAUCCCCGCCCUCGUCCUGAUCGUGUUCGUGGCUUUCAUGACCGACAUAUCGGUGGAGAUUUUGCUCAGAUUCACUCAUUCCGGCGUCUCCACCACCUACGCCGGCUUGAUGAAGGAGUCGUUUGGUCCGAUUGGUUCGGUUGCUACACAGGUUUGUGUCAUGGUUACCAAUCUCGGUUGCUUGAUCAUGUACCAGAUUAUAAUAGGGGACGUGCUCUCCGGAAACAAGGAAGGAGGAGAGGUGCAUUUAGGAGUUCUGCAAGAAUGGUUUGGGCAUCACUGGUGGAACACCAGAGAGUUCUCAAUCCUUUUCACUCUCGUCUUCGUUCUGCUUCCUUUGGUUCUUUUCCGACGCGUUGAUUCUCUGAGUUUCAGUUCGUUUAUAUCAGUUGUUCUGGCCGUGGUUUUCGUGGGGAUAAGCUCUGUAAUGGCGAUAAUGGCGCUGGUUCAAGGCAAAACGAAGAGCACCAGAUUGUUACCGGAGCUGGAUAAUCAAACCUCCUUCUUCGACCUUUUCACUGCUGUGCCUGUUCUUGUCACAGCUUUCACUUUCCAUUUCAAUGUUCAUCCAAUAAGCUCUGAGCUCCAAAAGCCAUCACACAUGAUCACGGCAGUUCGGAUCGCGCUCCUUCUGUGCGCUGUUAUCUACUUCGUGAUCGGCAUUUUUGGGUACCUACUAUUUGGGGACUCGUUAAUGUCAGAUAUUCUGAUGAACUUUGAUGAGAGUCCUGAUUCAGAAUUUGGAGCUUUGUUGAAUGAUGUGGUGAGAUUAAGCUAUGCAGUUCAUCUAAUGCUGGUUUUCCCUUUGCAAAACUUCCCCCUGAGGUCCAAUAUAAAUGAAUUCCUGUUCCCAAAGAAGCCUCCUUUGGCCACGGAUACAAAAAGGUUUCUGGCCAUAACUCUGGCUUUGCUGGUCUUCUCCUACUUGGCUGCAAUAGCAUUCCCAAACAUAUGGUAUAUUUUUCAGUUCAUGGGCUCAACUACAGCUGUCUGUCUCGCCUUCAUCUUCCCCGGCGCCAUCGCUCUUAGGGAUGUGAAUGGAAUAUCAACAAAGAAGGACAAGUUGGUUGCUUCAAUAAUGGUAAUUCUGGCAGUAGCGACCAGCACCAUUGCCAUUUCUACGAACAUAAACAAUGCAUUGAAAAGUAAGUCUUAGAUAUCGUUAAUUGUUUUGAAAGUUCCAAUUCUUUGUGUUCUGGAGUUGAUGAUUGGUUGUAUAGUUUGUAAACACUAUUUUUUUGCCAUUUUAAGUUCAGUUUUGUAUGUUAAUCUGAGCCCAGCUCUUGGUUAAGGUAGGUCGAUUUGAACCAAAAAAAAAGGGAAUAAAAGUUCAGGUUUUGUAUAUUUGAAAGAUGUAAUGUUAAAUUGUGAGUGGGUUUUCUAA